UCAGUCCGGGAUAUUCAUCAUGCUUCCGCCCGGGAGGCUUCUUAGACACGCCCCGGAAGAGGCGGGGCUUAGAAAAUCUAGGCUUUGAUUGGCUGUUCUGAGUAAAGCAGGCUCGGCGCGAGUUUUGGCAGCCGAGGGCGUUGGGAGCGGUAGGAUGGCGGCUCAGAGAAGCUUGAGAUACCCAGGAGGCCCGGGUGCAGCACAUCCAAAGAACACUUUGGGAAGAACACAUUCCAACAAACAUAAAGCUGCUCAAAAGCACAAGCCCAACGAUGUGUUUGACUUUCCUAAUAAUUCUGAUGUCUCAAGCAUGCUGGGAGCAAUGGAGGAAGAAGAGGAACCUUAUGAAAGCUUUGAUCCUCCUCUGCACAGCACUGCUAUCGAGGCUGAAGAUGAGCUGUCCAGAAACUGUGGGUCCUCUGCCUCUCCAGGUGCUCACAAGGAAGGAGAGAGCAGAAAUUUGAACCCUUCUCAAGAUGAAGCAAGUGGAAACACAUCUAUAAAGAACAGUGCAAAAAAGCCAAGGAGGCUCACGCCCAUCAGCGGCGAGUCUGACAGCUCUGAAGAUGACAUAAGGAGGAGAGUGCGGUCCACAGAGAGACCAAGUGCACCACGGGGGCACCAGGCUGCUCCUCCUGCAGCGUCUUCAGCAACCCCUGAGAAGCCAGAGGACCGUGUCACCUUGAGGAGGACAGGGCCCCAUAGCACUCAGCCCUCUGCUCUAGAAGGAACUCGAGCAACACAAAGACAACCGAAAACUCAGAAGAAUGUGAGGCCAUCUCCUGACAGAAGGAAGAGACCAACAAGUGAAGCUGCAGACCCAGAUGCUCCUGAAAGUAUGCGCAUUUGGUGUCUAGAAGGAAAGAAACGUAGUAAGAUCAUGGAGCUGGAUGUUAUUUUGUCCGCAUUUGAGAAAACCUUCCUGGAGUACAAACAAAAAGUAGAAUCUGAAAGUUGUGGUCAAGCCAUCAACAAUUUUUACUUUAAAAUUAAAGGAGAACUCAUCAGAACACUUAAAGAAGUCCGAGUGCUAAAAGCUCUGAAAAGGAAGAAUGCUAAGAUAAUUUCUGACAUGGACAAGAAAAGGCAGCGUUUAAUUGAAGUCCAGGAAGAACUGCUUGGAUUAGAACCACAACUGAAACAGCUACAAACAAAACAUGAUGACCUUAAGGAGAGAAAGUCCUCACUUCAGGACUCCAGGCAUUUCUUAUCUAACUUAAAACAGCUAUAUCAAGAUUAUUCAAACAUUCAAGAGAGAGAGCCAAAGGAAAAGGAAAAGUAUGAGUCAUCUAGCCUUCCAGCUCUGUUAUUUAAAGCAAGAAGCAUUCUGGGAGCUGAAGAACAUCUGAAAACCAUCAACUACCAGCUGGGGAAGCUCCUGCAGCAGGAGUGAGGAGCCGAGGCCGCCUCCGCCGCCGC